AUGACAACGUCUAGUACGACGACGUCGACUACAACGAUAACGACAUCUAUGAUUCCAACGACUACCCCCACGACAACGACUACGACUACAACAACGACGACCGCCACAACCACCACAUCCUCGACCACAAACGCUGCUCCAUCUCCUGUCUGCUCAGAGAACCUUAAAGCCUGCACUGGCAGCUCCGACUGUAUAAGCCUCGACGUCGUGACAGAUUGCACCUGCUAUCCGCGCGUCUCGGGCUGCGGAGCCGGGGACGGCGUCUGUCUCCCAACAGACCAGACGGGAAACAACACGCCCUGCACCGACGACUCGAACUGUCCGCUGCUGUCCUACUGCGGGCCUACCACCAGUGGCUCCUUUUGCUACGCCACAUUCCCGGCCUGCGUUGGUGAGGCUCCUGCGAAGCGUAUGUUCCGCAGAGACCAGGAUGUUUUGGAGGAAGACCGGUUCUCUCCGAGCUUCUCGUCCGUGGGUCCACGAUACGUAGGAGCCAUAAAAAUCGACCCGAGGGUUUUGAGAGGGAUUGCGACGUUAGAACACUGGACAGAGUAUGCCGCUGACAACGGCCUGGUAGGUCCGGUGUUUGAUCUGCUAGAGAAACAUCCUUUGGGCUUUGGUGUCGACACCUGCUUCUUCGAUCCGGUGUUGGAACACAAUAUUGUCGAUUUACGCCAGUGCAUUGGCAGCGAAAUUGUGAUUUGGGAGCUCAUGGAGUUGAGCAGCAAGGUUUUGGCACAGGCGGCGAGGACGCCAGUCUCGUGA